AUGGACGCUGGUAAGCCCCAUUAUGGACUUGUUAUAUGGAAACUGCUAAAGUUUGCUAUUCCUUUCAUCCUUAUUUUUGCAGUUAUACUUGGUUUUUUUAAAUCUUAUGGGAUCGACAGCUUUUCUAAUAUUCAACUUCGUCUCCAGGAAAAGCCGUUUAUCUAUGAAGAAUGGGGUGAAAAUGCAUUUUCGUACGCUACCGACCGUAAUAUAAAUCCUUACCAAAAAGUUUCUUGCGUGAAUGAAGUAGAUCGGAAUGGAGGAUGCGAGCGCCUUCAUUUUCAUGAAGCUCAUACUGGGUCCGAUUUCCUUGAAGGUCACGGUCAUGACCCGACGGCCAAGAUAAUUGAAGACUGGAAUUACAAAAUCCCAAGAAUUAUUCAUACAAUAAUAACGGAUGACAACACGUACUCGUCUCAGUUUACAGAAUUUGAAGUCGACAUCCGUUACAGACAUCCUGACUGGGAAUAUGUGAAAUGGUCGGAAGAGAAUAUGGAAAGAUUAAUUCAUAGGAACUUUCCUUCUUUCCUGAAUUCAUGGAAAAUGCUCAACCGCCCGGCUAGACAUCAGUGGGCAACAUUGAUGGGUCUUUACGAGUACGGAGGCCUUUGGGUUUCUCGUUCCUUUCAAGCUCUAAAAAACUUUGAUCAUGCGAUCCAAAUUGCUGAAAGAUCUGCUUUACUUAAUUCUAGAAAUUAUUCUAAUCCCAACCUAAUCGAAUAUCACCCUUUAUUCAUGGCUCCAAAAUCUCUGAAGUAUGAUUUUUUUAUGGCCUCUCCAAGACAUCCUUUUGUUUUGUCACUAAUCAAGGAACUUUACGAAUCAAAAGUACCAGAAUCUUUAUUGAAUAGACGUCUCUUUCAAGGACUUUCAGAAUUUUCAAACUUUAUGGCAUUGAACUCCACGAAGAUGUAUGACAAGACAUAUAUCAUUAAAGAAUUUUAUCUUAAAGACAAGAAGAAAUUUGUGGAAUAUAAUCCGCAUAUCAUCAAUCUCCCUGACCAUGCUUUCGCUACUAGUUGGUCUCAUCAUUCGGACGCAGGAUCAUCAGACAUCUGUUUCCUUGACAAUGGUAUGUUUGAUCCUCAGUAUUGUGUGGAUAACGUUCUGAAUAUGAAAGGAACUGAAUGGGGCGUUUUCUGGUUACCAGUUUACGAUCUUUUAGGAAUCUGA